AUGUCUGCACGAAGUAAUUUGUCCCUUUUGGUGCGAAAGUGUACUUCUUUGACAGGAAAACACAACAGGAAGUUCGGCAAGAAGGGUCAGGAAGGCGCCAGUGAUGACAACAUGGAUAUUGUUUCAGCGUCAGAGACAGACACGGAUAGUGAUGACGCAGGUCCUGCGGAUGGUGCUGUCGGCGAUCAUGCUAAUAUGGACGAAUCAGAAACAUCAUCGGAUGAGGGUGAUGUAUCGGGACCAGGUGAACACCCUGGCUAUGCUCGCCCAGUCAAUCACUAG